UCUCUUCUUCUUCUUCACUUGACUCCUCUCGCUUUCUCUCUCUCUCUAGAAGCGAACGCAGAAACGCGACUCAGUGAGUGAGAGAGUGAGCUCUUGCAGGGAGUGGAAACAAUGGCCAGCUCGAGCUUCGCGUGCGCCUUGCUCUUCGCCCUCGCCCUCCUGGCCGCCUCGGCCAUCGCGCAGUCCCCCGCGCCUUCCCCGUCCAAGUCCCCCGCCGCUUCCCCGACCAAACCCCCCACCGCGGCUCCCGUCCCGUCCCCGUCCCCGGCGGCCACCACCCCCCCGCCGGCCUCCACCCCCUCCCCCAGCCCGGCGCCGCCGACGUCGACUCCCGUUCCCGCUCCCUCGACCGCGAAGCCCCCGUCCCCGCCGGCUCCCCCGACCUCGGCUCCCGCUCCCGCGUCCGCGAAGGCUCCCGCCGUACCUCCCCCUGCCGCCGCCGCCCCGACCCCGGCUAAAUCCGACGGCGCGGUCGCUCUGAGCAGAGUCGCGAUCGCCGGAUCCGUCGCCGCCGCGGUGAUGGCCGGUGCGCUGCUGAUGUGAGAUCGGAGAUCGGGCUUUGGAUUUGGGAGAUAAAUAGGUGUUGCUUAGCUGACUCAGUUGUUAGUAGCUCUUUGGUUUUGUAGCCUUUUUUUUUUUUUUGUAUUUUGAUCUCUCUCAUUUAUUGCUUGGUUUUUACCUGUGGUGGAGGCGACGAUUUGAUCAGGAGACUUGGAGUUUUGAUUGGUUUUUUUCCUGUUCUAUGAUUAUGAUGAUGAUGAUCACCUUGCAUUGAU